UUAGAUCGACUGUGCUCGCGAAAGUGGAGAGAGGAGAAGAUCGACUGUGAUUUUGUUGUGAUUUUGAUCUUCCUUCUAUUUUGACGGUUGGGGGAGGAGAGCUUUUUGGAAGGCCUACUCGCAGCUGAAUUAGUCGUUUUGAAUUGAAUCCAGAACCCUUUGGCCCUCUUCCAAUUUUGAAGUUAUGCCGAAGCAUGGAAACAAAUUGAAGGCGUGGAACAAACAGCAGACGAUCUCAAUUCUCAUUGUGUCUGCUUUUCUUAUUCUUUUCGUGUUGAUGAUGUUAUUUCGCAAGGAGUCUCAUGAGCGUAAUCUUUUAUUUGAGGGAACUCCAAAGCAAACGUGGGAUAGCUUCAACUCUCUUGUGCAAUUUAAUCCGAAUAGAGAGUUUCGCAGUGGAACCGAUUUAAUAUCGCAGGUCCCUGAUUCACCGAAGGCAGUUCUGUUUGUUGCUCAUGGCUGCAAUGGUAAAGCCGUCAACUUCUGGGACAAAUCUGCCAAAUGCCCAUCUUGUGUUGGUCUGCCUGAGGAACGGUUAAUUGUCCUUCAUGCUCUCAGCAGACAUUUUGCAGUCCUUACAAUAUCAAGCUCGCGCAAAUGUUGGACAUUUGGGAAGGAAUUAGCAGUAGUUAAAGAUAUAAUACGGUGGUGGGUCGAAAAGAACAACCUUGAGAAAAUUCCUCUUGUGGGUUUAGGUGCCUCCUCUGGUGGGUAUUUUCUUUCAGUACUGGCCACUGAGUUGAAGUUUAAUAGUAUUACUUUGAUGAUUGCUGAAGGGCUGUAUGAACAAAUGGAUGUAACAGAGAGAUACCCACCUACUUUAUUUAUACACAUGCCAAAAGAUCAAUUUAGGGAAAAAAAGAUAAAUGAAAAUAUGAAGUUUUUGAGAAGUAAAGGAGUUGAUGUUGCAGAGAUUGAAUGCCUAGAGUUUGCUCUGUCACCAAAUUUUUUCGCUGACCGAAUCCCAGAACUUGACAAGAGUGUUUCUGCUAAGUUGUUUGAGCUUUUCCAAGCCAAGGGCUUUGUAGAUGGAAAUGGGAAGAUGCUCAAGGAUGGGCGUGCAACACGGUGGAAAGAAGCUCUCAGGAUGAGUGGGAUUAGUGUACCUGAUAAUAAUUUAACGCAUCACAUUCAAGAGGAGAUGAAUCUUGCCUUUGCAUACCACGAAAUGACUAGCUUAGAGGCUGACCAGAUUUUCACAUGGUUUGAAUCUCACUUGAGAUGAUUCAAUCAACGCUUAUCAGUCAUCAGCUUUGAAGAGUUUCGUAUCCAAAAGAAGGCUGGAAUUCGAGGUAUACAAACAAUUACAUAAAAUCCAGGUUCUUAGGAUCUCACCCUCCCGAACACACACACACACACACACAAGUGCACGCACAAAAAGAAAAUGUACAGAUAACAGUUUUUAUCAUCUACAUUUUUGUGAUGCUAGCAAAUAGUGAUGCUGGUUUUGUAUUUGUAUGUACACUGUUCAGUUAAGAAAGUUGAAGUGAGAAAAUGAAUAAAUGGUACUACUCUCAUUUUGUGGUUCUUGCUGCUU